GGUGCCCAGGGGCAGACAUGCUAGGUGGCUCAGUGACAGAACGGAGGGCUCCAGAUCUUCUGAGAAGAUCCAAGGUAAAAAGAAAAUGUGAAUGUGGCCAGUGCACUUGUUUUCCUCCGGGAGAGUCCAAAAUAUAUGGCAAAAUCUGUGAGUGUGAUGAUCGACAGUGUGACGAUAUUGAUGGAAAUGUUUGCAGUGAUCAUGGGAUCUGUUCUUGUGGUCGAUGCAUUUGUAAGGAUGGAUGGUUUGGAAAGUUGUGCCAACACCCAAGAAAGUGCAACAUGACUGAAGAGGAGAGUAGAAGUUUUUGCGAAUCGGCGGAUGGCAUAUUGUGCUCAGGAAAAGGUUCAUGUCACUGUGGAAAGUGUGUCUGCUCGCCACAGGAAUGGUACAUUACAGGAGAAUUCUGUGAAUGUGAUGACAGAGACUGUGACAAACAUGACGGCCUUAUUUGCACAGGAAAUGGUAUAUGUAGCUGUGGAAAUUGUGAGUGCUGGGAAGGCUGGACUGGGAAUGCUUGUGAAAUCUGGCUUGGGACAGAAUACCCCUAACUCUGCCAUGGAACACUGAAGAAGAAAGAUUUCUGGUUUGGUAUUGUACGUUUUUGGAUUUUGGACUUCCUUCCAAUAUUGGCUGCUAGAAUAAAAUCAACUUUAAACAUGUUCACCACUAGAAGUAAGACCAAGACAGAGAACUUGAAAUGCUUCUUUUCCAAUCAAAUCAAAUCAGCACACCUCUUUGUUGCUCUGAUUCUGUUCUCAGUGUAAUGAGUGGGAGCAGGAUGAAAACACCCAGUAUCAAAAAUAAUACAAUAUACCUUCAAGAGGGUCACAAUUAUUGUUUGCUGGAAAUUGCACAGUUGAGAGGCAUUGCAUGGCAUAUUCAGAUUAUUGAAUUUGGCUUCAUUGUAUAAUGAGAACUAUAUUUGUGUGAAAGGGUCAUGCUGUUCAGGAAUAUGCUAGAAGUCUGUAGGAUGGAGUGGGGGGGUGAUCCCUUUGUUGCUGGUAGUUUCUUUAUCUCUCCCCUCCUUUCCCCUCCCUCCUACAAACCUACCUCUAGAUGUCUUUCCUGCUUUGUCAUCCCAUCUACUACCCCCCUUUAAUGCAGCUGUUUGCAAGAAUAGGGAAGAAAUGGAAAUGGAAUGGGAGCGUGUAAAGAAAUCUCUUCCUCUACACAGCCAAAUUGCCUCUUUCCCCAGGUUUAUGGCCAAGCUGAAAGUAUUUGCUGUUGUAUUGUGUUGUAUGUGUGUUUUAAAUGGGUUGAAAAAUGCUGCCCAUCAUCAUGCUUUGAGACAUGAAAAAUAUGUGAAAAAUAGAUCUGCAUCUUUGUGGUGCUAUUCUGCUCUUUACCAUUUUCCUUCUUCCUUUGUUAUUGUUUGCCCAACAUGCAGUUUAAUUCUAUUGAGUGUGAUGAGCCAUAUGGUAUCAUAAUCUUUGCUGAUUAUGUGAUAGUGUGACACCAGAAAUGUUUGGUACUCAAACUCAUAUUCAAACCCACCCACCCCAAUAUGUGAUAGCUUACACAAUUUAACUAAAGUGUAUGGAGGGGUGGGGGGACAAAGAAAGAAGAAGAUAAGACAAAAAAUGGAACCAAGAAAAAGUAGCAGGGCAGGGGAACUAACAAGGGAGAAACAAUGCAAAUGUUUGGCAAAGUGAGUGUUUUUCAAUAACCCACUUAGUUGCCUCAAAUGUGCUGCUUUUAAAAAGAAUUUGAAAGGUGUAUGGCAUUGACUGCAAUCCUACAUGGAAUAUCCAUCUUUCUGCAUGAAUGAAUUGUAAGCUCCUGCUUCCCUAGGCUGUCAGAAACUCUUUUCAAGCAAGCAGAGGUGAAGUGACAAAAGUAAACCAGUAGCUUGUAUAUGUGUAUUGCUUUGGCUGAUUUCCACUCCCCCAUGCCAUCAAAGACCCCAAAAGAAAGUAAUGGUGAUGCAUUAAGAGAAGCUGCUUGAUUCUGUCUGGGAAGCUAGUGCCCAAAAGGACAUACUUUCAAAGCUACCUCCAGAUGAAAUAGUGAAAUAGAUUAAGAGUCCAUCCAACUUGGCAUC